UACCCUAUGAUUUUCUCUCUAGAAUCUUCAAUCCCUUCCUGCCUUUUUCUCUCACUUUCUUUUUGAUCUUUAUUCGCUUUCUCUGCGGUUGGAUUCUCUGAUCGAUUCUCUCUAAAAUUUCAGCUCGCAGAUUCAUUUUCGUGGCCGAAUCUGUAAUCGCAGUUUCGCUAAUGAGAGCUAGGGUUUUCGGAGGAGUAUUUAUUGCGGAUGGCUGAGAGCAGGCGUUACGUUCCGAAUCAACAGUUAGACCUUGAACAGAUACUACUAGAAGCACAAAACCGUUGGCUUCGACCAACUGAAAUCUGUGAAAUCCUCCGUAAUUACCAGAAGUUUCUCAUAACACCAGAUCCACCAGUUACACCUCCAGCUGGUUCUCUGUUCCUGUUUGACCGAAAAGCACUUCGAUAUUUUCGCAAAGAUGGUCAUCGUUGGAGGAAGAAAAAAGAUGGAAAAACUGUCAAAGAAGCUCAUGAAAAGUUGAAGGCUGGAAGUGUGGAUGUUCUACAUUGCUAUUAUGCUCAUGGGGAGGACAAUGAGAACUUCCAGCGACGAAGUUAUUGGAUGCUUGACGAGCAGCUGGAGCACAUUGUUCUUGUGCAUUACAGAGAAAUAAAAGAGGGAUACAAAACCAGUGUCUCUCGUUUGCCAAAUGCAGAUCCAGCAUCACAGAUUGGAACCAUUCAAGGUAGUUCAGCUCCUUGCUUGCCACAAGGGAAUGCUCCUACUGUUACGGGUCAGAUAUCAUAUGCGUCAAGUCCAAAUACUGCUGAUUGGAGUGGACAAACUUUGUCCUCAGAAUUUGAAGAUGGGGAUUCUGGGGAUGAUCCAGGAACCUCUUCUCUUGCUCAACCUAUACUUGGUUCUGUAUUUUACAAUGCCUCUUUGCCUACACAUGAAGCUUCAGGAUUCGUUGGGCUAUCAAGAAAUCAACUUGGUUCAGGGCUUGCUGGAGUGCAUUUUAGUCAUGGUGCCAGCACAUCUGUCCAGGAUGAAAUUCAUGGUUCAAGCAGCAGUGUGCAUGACCAGAAAUUUGGCUUUGAACAACCUAAUGGGGCCGAUUUCAUAACAAAUAAACUAACCGAUGCAAGAUUGGAUUCUGAUAGAACGGUCCAAAAUUUUGCAGCUCGUGGAGAUGGGUUGAGUCCUGCUUUAGAUAUCAAAGGAUUAACAGCAGCUUCUCAGAGAGCAGUCCAGGGUCCACUGGAGCACAACUUUCAUUUAGUUCAUCCCCAGUUCCAGAAUUGUUCUAGUUCUCAUGUAGCAGACACUUCUACUGCACACAUUGAAAACAAGUCCAAAGAGGAUGGUGCCAAUAAUGAUGCAUCAGGAGAGUUGAAGAAACUUGACAGCUUUGGGAGAUGGAUGGAUAAAGAAAUUGGUGGGGACUGUGAUGAUUCCUUGAUGGCGUCUGACUCUGGAAAUUAUUGGAAUACACUUGAUACGCAGAAUGACGACAAGGAGGUAUCUAGUUUAUCACGCCAUAUGCAGUUGGAUAUUGAUUCUCUUGCUCCUUCUCUCUCCCAAGAACAACUAUUUACUAUCAACGAUUUCUCACCAGAUUGGGCUUAUUCUGAAGAUGAAACAAAGGUUUUAAUCAUAGGUACAUUUUUGGGAGGCAUGGAGCAUUCUACCAACACUAAAUGGUGCUGUAUGUUUGGGGAAAUUGAGGUUUCUGCUGAAGUUCUGACUAACAAUGUCAUCCGAUGUCAUGCUCCUUUGCAUGCCCCUGGGCGUGUUCCAUUCUAUGUCACUUGUAGUAAUAGGUUAGCCUGCAGUGAGGUUCGGGAGUUUGAAUAUCGUGAAAAACCAUCAGGAGUUGCUUUUUCUAUGGCUGUUAGAAGUACACCAGAAGAUGAUGUGCAGUUCCAAAUACAACUGGCAAAAAUGUUACAUUUAGGCCAGGAGAGGAAGUGGUUAGAUUGCUCUACUGAAGAAUGUGACAAAUGUAAGAUAAAAAGUGACAUAUAUUCAAAGAAAGAUGACAUAAAGAAUGACUGGGAAGAGCUUGAAAUGGCUAAAGAUUUUAUUGGCAAUCAUGUAAACCCUAGAGAUGUUUUGAUUAAAAAUUUGUUGAAGGACAGGCUUUUUGAGUGGCUAGUCUGUAAAGUUCAUGAAGGAGUUAGAGGGCCCCAUGUUUUGGAUGGCAAAGGCCAAGGUGUUAUACAUUUGGCAGCUGCUCUUGGUUAUGAGUGGGCCAUGGGCCCUAUAAUUGUUGCUGGUGUUAGUCCCAAUUUCAGAGAUGCAAGAGGAAGAACAGGGCUUCACUGGGCAUCAUACUUUGGGAGAGAGGAAACGGUCAUUGCACUUGUUAAACUGGGCACAUCUCCAGAUGCUGUAGAGGACCCAACUCCAGCAUUUCCUGGAGGACAAACAGCUGCUGAUUUAGCAUCCAGUAGAGGACAUAAAGGAAUUGCUGGAUAUUUGGCAGAAGCACAUUUAUCGAGUCACCUUCAUUCCUUAAGUCCCAAUGAGAACGUAAUGGACUCUGUUUCUGCUAAUAUUGCAGCUGAAAAGGCUGCUCAAACUGCAGUACAGAAUGUUGAUGGGGUGAUAGAAGAGCAGCUCUCCCUGAAAGGCUCUCUAGCUGCUCUUAAAAAAUCAGCUCAUGCUGCUGCUCUAAUUCAAGCUGCUUUGCGGGCUCGUUCAUUCCGUGAUAGACAAUUAACAAGGAGCAAUGAUGAUAUUUCUGAAGCUUCUCUUGAUCUAGUUGCUCUUGGUUCUUUAAACAAGGUUUCGAAGAUGGGUCAUUUCAAGGACUAUUUGCAUUCUGCAGCUGUAAAGAUCCAACAAAAAUACCGUGGCUGGAAGGGUAGAGAAGAUUUUUUGAAGAUACGGAGCCGUAUUGUGAAAAUUCAGGCCCAUGUGAGGGGGCAUCAAGUUCGCAAGCAAUAUAAAAAGGUGGUUUGGUCUGUUGGUAUUGUGGAAAAAGCAAUACUGCGUUGGAGGCGGAGAGGAUCUGGCUUACGAGGAUUUCGGUUGGAAAAGCCAAUUGGAAAUGCAGUGCCUGAGGUUGGGAAGACUGAUGAAUAUGACUAUCUGAGAGUUGGCCGGAGACAGAAAUUUGCUGGAGUUGAAAAGGCGCUCGCACGAGUUCAAUCCAUGGUUCGUCACCCAGAAGCUCGUGACCAAUAUAUGAGGCUGGUUUCAAAAUUCGAUAAUUUGCAGAUAGGUGAUGAAGGGAGCAGCGCAUUGCAGCAAGCUGAAAAAUCAGAGAGGAGAAUAAAAGAGGAAGAUCUGGGUUCUUUCAUAGCAGAUUAACAAUCCAAUUAAUCUCGGUAUUAAAUCAGGCUGCCUGGGGAUUUAAUUGGUGCUUCUUGUUUUUGACCGUCCCUGUAAGUAUUUUCUAACAUGUCGUUUGGAGGUUGUCUUUUGAGAACCAGUAGAAGAGAUGGAGGAAGGGGAAAAGGUUGGAAUGUACGUGUUUUCUCCCUUUCUUUUUCUCGUAAACAGUCAUCAAUUGUCAUUUGAAAUGGUGGGUAAGGGCAGGCUAAGAACUAAAAAUUAUGUCGAUGUUUUCGGGUUAGUGCAUAUUGUGGUGGGAAUGGCUUCAUUGGUGAAACUGGUUUAGGGUUUGGUUUAUUCAUCUGCUUUUGUACUUCAGACCUAAAACAAUAAUAAUUUACUUAUUUUCUUUUAUUACUAGUAUCUAUUGAAAAAUAUAUUACGUUC